GGGGAUUUCAGUGGGUUCCCCGAGGGGCGAGCUGGGGAGGUGGAGGUGGCAGAGGGAGAAAAGAACCAACUUUCCUCACGUCCCUAGGAGAUCUCAGGGCUUCCCAGGCUGCCCUGGGUUUAGGAAUUUGACAUCUUUGGGAAUUCAUCUGGGAGAAGACCUUGAUGGCUUCUGGAGCACUCUGAGAGGCUUGGGUGAGAGGCUGUAGAUGGGGACCAGGCAGAGGUCCUCCGAGGCACCUCUGAGGGGCUGAGGCAGAACCCUUUGGCAGGGGGCUGCCCCUGGAGAGCCGAUAGACUCUCAGGUAUAUGGCACUGUCCUUCCCUACUCCCGUCCAUCACUGCCCUGUCUUGGCUAGCUGGGAAGAUUUGGGGGAAGGUGAGGAAUCGGAGACACCGGAUGCCUGGAUCGCUGCCAACCAUGGCAGCAGGAUGGAGUGGUGGGCGCAGGGCUGUUGAGGUCUUGCCUCCUUUGCCCCCCUCACUUCUCCCAGGCCCCCGGGGCAGUUAGAGAUCAGCUGGAACCAGCAGGGAGAGGAAGGCAUCUGGCCCCCAGUGCGGUUCCUUCAGACUGGAAAUCUUAGCAGCUUGGGAAGUAGGAGGCAGGGUAGCCGUGGAACAGAAGAGGGGAGGUAUCAGAUCUGCUGGGGCUGGGAUUCUCUCUAGUCAUUGGCCCCCAAAUGACCGGGGUUUGGUUUCUAGGGACUGAGUGAGGAUAACAGAGACGUGUGCCUUUCUCCCCUGUUCCCAUACACCUGUUUGAGUCAUGUAUGCCCUCAGGAGACUAAUCCUCACUCUGAGCAAAUCUCUCUCUCCUUUUCUUCCGUUCUGUUUCUCUAUUUUACCUCUAUGUGCCUCUCCCUCUUUUGGGAUUCUUCUUAACCUCUCUAAAUAGCUUGCUCGCUUGCCUCUCCAACACCCCAGGUGUCGCUGAUCCGUGCCCAUUCUUUCACUGCUUCUGUUGACACCUGGAGAGGCGGGGUGGUCUAACAAGCCUCAGAACAGGAUCCCAGAAGCAAGCACCCUCUCUAUCUCUGUCUCCCCGUCAAGGCAUCCCUUCCCAAAUGGUCCUCAUCUCGAAUCCUUAAGCAGAAAGCUCCAUAUCAUUCUGUGACCACUUUCCUGUGAUAAGAUCUUUCUGGGUAGGACCAUCAGGAUCACAGUAAGGAGGAUGGAUUAGAGUCCCUGAAGAUGGCUUCAGUCCUACCUGAUACAUGUUGGUGGGGAGGAAGAUGGCUGUGUGACCUCAAAGUGCAGCGAUACGGUUUUGGGGGAGUAAGAAGUAGGAGGAAGAGAAGGAGGCGUCUUGUCUGAAAAAGAAGGUGAAGCCCUACUGUGCUCCCAAAGGAACCGACUACAGCCACAGCAGGUUGCAGGGGCCUUUUGGGCUUUGGGGACCCUGGACCAGGCCCUGGCCCAGUAGGAUGCCCCCGUGUCCUCCCCAGCAGAGCAGGAACAGGGUGACACAGUUGCCCACUCUGGAGCUGGGCGAGAUGGAACUGACCUGGCAAGAGAUCAUGUCCAUCACUGAGCUGCAGGGACUAAAUGCUCCAAGUGAGACGUCGUUUGAGCCCCCUGCCCAGGCCCCAUACCCUGGACCCCCACCGCCUCCAACUUACUGCCCCUGCUCAAUCCACCCAGAUGCUGGCUUCUCCCUUCCUCCACCACCCUAUGAGCUCCCAGCACCCACAUCUCAUGUCCCAGACCCCUCAUACUCCUAUGGCAACAUGGCCAUACCAGUCUCCAAGCCACUGACUCUCUCCGGUCUGCUCAGUGAGCCCCUCUCAGAUCCUUUGGCUCUCCUGGACAUUGGGCUGCCAGGGGGGCCCCCCAAGCCUCAAGAAGACCCAGAAUCUGACUCAGGAUUAUCCCUCAACUAUAGCGAUGCUGAAUCUCUUGAGCUGGAGGGGACAGAGGCUGGCCGAAGGCGCGGCGAGUAUGUAGAGAUGUACCCGGUGGAGUACCCCUACUCACUUAUGCCCAAUUCCUUAGCCCACCCCAACUAUGCCUUGCCACCUGCAGAGACCCCCUUAGCCUUAGAACCCUCCUCAGGCCCUGUGCGGGCCAAGUCCACUGCACGGGGGGAGGCGGGGAGUCGGGAUGAGCGACGGGCCCUGGCCAUGAAGAUUCCCUUCCCGACGGACAAGAUUGUCAACUUGCCGGUAGAUGACUUUAAUGAGCUGUUGGCGCGGUACCCACUGACAGAGAGCCAGCUGGCAUUGGUCCGGGACAUCCGACGGCGGGGUAAGAACAAGGUGGCCGCCCAGAACUGUCGCAAGAGAAAGUUGGAGACCAUCGUGCAGUUGGAGCGGGAACUGGAGAGGCUGGGCAGCGAGCGGGAGCGGCUCCUCCGGGCCAGAGGGGAGGCCGACCGGACCCUGGAGGUCAUGCGCCAACAGCUGACAGAGCUGUACUGUGACAUUUUCCAGCACCUGCGGGAUGAAGCCGGCAACAGCUACUCCCCUGAAGAGUAUGCUUUGCAACAGGCCGCUGAUGGGGCCAUCUUCCUGGUGCCCCGGGGGACCAAGAUGGAGGCCACAGACUGAACUGGCCGAAGGGGUGGGACUGUGAUGGAGAUUUCCUUUAGUCCCUUCCGAUCAAGGUACUCCCCAACCCUGAGGCCCAGAAGGAACUGGGUUCUCUAGACCAGAAGGGGACAGUGAGAAACCUGGCGUUUGGAGGGUCCACAGCGUGUUCAGGAAGGCUUGCCUUGAGACAAGCACGUGAGGGGAGGGUUGGAAUCUCUUUGCCGUGAUUCAGCUUCCCGGGGCUCCAACCUCCUCCUCUUGUUUGAGCUUUGAUAUAUAAAGCGCUCUACACUAA